AUGUCCAUCAACGAUGCUUUCAUUACAAGAAUAAUUAAAAGUAGAUUCGGCGCAGGCAAGAAGGAUAAGAAACAGCAAUUGCACUUUGAUGCACAAGAAAUAACAGACAUUUUAUUCCAAGGAUCAGAAGUCCUUAAGAACGACCCAAUUCUCUUGAAGCUUCCAGCCAAUAUCAUAAUAGUUGGUGACCUUCACGGAAAUAUCGAUGAUCUCCUCAGAAUCUUUACGCGUUGUGGUUAUCCAUCAGAAACGAAUUAUAUUUUCCUCGGUGACUACGUAGAUAGAGGAGAAAACUCAUUAGAAGUUUUCUUACUUCUUAUUUCCCUUAAGAUUCGCCAUCCAAAUAACAUUUAUCUCCUUCGUGGAAAUCAUGAAUCAAAUUCAAUGACAGGAAUCUACGGUUUCAGAGAAGAAGUCAGAAAGAGACUUAACAAGCAGAUGUAUUUCAAGUUCUUGGACUGUUUCAAACACUUACCAAUAGCAGCUGUUAUAGAUAACCGCGUUUUCUGCGUUCAUGGCGGAAUAUCGAAGGACCUUCAUAAGGUCGAACAGAUUGCUGCUCAAAAGAAGCCAAACGAUAUUCCAUUAACAGGAAUCAUCGCAGAUAUGCUCUGGUCCGAUCCAAUUGACGAAGUAGAUACAUUCCAACCUAGCGACCGUGGCGUUGGAGCUCUCUUUGGAGCUAAACCACUCGUUAAAUUCUUAGAAGACAACAAUCUUGAACUUCUUGUUCGUUCUCACGAAUCCUGCAACAAAGGAUUCAACUGGCCAUACGAGGGAUCAGCUGUUGGAAGCCACAGUCUUCUUACAAUCUUCAGCAGUUCGAAUUAUUGCGAUGAAUUUAACGAUGGAGCAGUUCUAAGUGUUCCACAAGACGGAGAUUACCAAAUUAUAUCAUUUACACAUGGCAAACAUGUUAGAUUCGCUUUACCAAAGUGGGCUAUCACAACUCCAACACCAGAUAAGCCACAUUUACACCAGGAAGAGGAAAUCACUCCAAUUCCAAAUGCAGAUUUGUUACCUCUUGCAGCUUAA